ACUCGGUGCAGGCCUAGCCUGCGCUCCAGUUGCGACUCUAGCCUUUUCAAUCCUGCCCACUGUGCAGGUUGGUCUGGUCUAGCCUGGGUAUCCCGGACUCCUAGUAGCAGGCACUCUGAGCAACAGGAUUUCAAAGAAAGAAGCAGAGGCAAGAAAGAAGCGUGGGAAGAGAGGAAGACUUCCCUUGGAUCAGAUUCCGCAGGUGCACGCACCCGGUGGGCAUGAUCCGUGGGGCCAGGCCUCUUUGGUAAGGAUCCGAAGGGGAAAUAAAACCUACAGGAUGAGAAGAUGGCGAUGCUGCCUCCGCCAGGACCUCAGAGCUUCGUUCACUUCACAAAACAGUCCCUUGCCCUCAUUGAACAACGCAUUUCUGAAGAAAAAGCCAAGGUUCACAAAGAUGAAAAGAAAGAUGAUGAGGAAGAAGGUCCCAAGCCCAGUAGUGACUUGGAAGCAGGUAAACAGCUACCCUUCAUCUACGGAGACAUUCCCCCGGGAAUGGUGUCAGAGCCCCUGGAGGACCUGGACCCAUACUAUGCAGACAAAAAAACUUUUAUAGUAUUGAACAAAGGGAAAACAAUCUUCCGUUUCAACGCCACCCCUGCUUUAUACAUGCUGUCUCCCUUCAGUCCUCUGAGAAGAAUAUCUAUUAAGAUUUUAGUGCACUCCUUAUUCAGCAUGCUAAUCAUGUGCACAAUUCUGACAAACUGCAUAUUCAUGACCAUGAGCAACCCUCCAGAUUGGACCAAAAAUGUAGAGUACACUUUUACUGGGAUAUAUACUUUUGAAUCACUCAUAAAAAUCCUUGCAAGAGGCUUUUGCGUGGGCGAAUUCACCUUCCUCCGUGACCCUUGGAACUGGCUGGACUUUGUUGUCAUUGUUUUUGCGUAUUUAACAGAAUUUGUAAACCUAGGCAAUGUUUCAGCUCUUCGAACUUUCAGAGUCUUGAGAGCUUUGAAAACUAUUUCUGUAAUCCCAGGACUAAAAACCAUCGUGGGGGCCCUGAUCCAAUCAGUGAAGAAGCUCUCUGACGUCAUGAUCCUCACUGUGUUCUGUCUCAGUGUGUUCGCACUAAUUGGACUACAACUGUUUAUGGGCAACUUGAAGCAUAAAUGCUUCCGGAAGGACCUUGAGCAGAACGAAACAUUAGAAAGCAUCAUGAGUACCGCUGAGAGUGAAGAAGAAUUGAAAAGAUAUUUUUAUUACUUGGAGGGAUCCAAAGAUGCUCUUCUUUGCGGUUUCAGCACAGAUUCAGGGCAGUGUCCAGAAGGGUACGAGUGUGUGACAGCUGGCAGAAACCCAGAUUAUGGCUACACAAGCUUUGACACAUUCGGCUGGGCCUUCUUGGCCUUGUUUCGGCUAAUGACUCAGGACUACUGGGAGAACCUUUAUCAACAGACUCUGCGUGCUGCUGGCAAAACCUACAUGAUUUUCUUUGUCGUGGUGAUAUUUCUGGGAUCCUUUUACCUGAUAAACUUGAUCCUGGCUGUGGUAGCCAUGGCGUACGAGGAACAGAACCAGGCCAACAUCGAAGAAGCUAAACAGAAAGAGUUAGAAUUUCAGCAGAUGUUAGACCGACUCAAAAAAGAGCAGGAAGAAGCCGAGGCGAUCGCUGCAGCCGCUGCUGAGUACACGAGUUUAGGGCGGAGCAGGACUAUGGGACUCUCUGAGAGCUCUUCAGAAACCUCCAGGCUGAGCUCAAAGAGUGCCAAGGAGAGAAGAAACCGAAGAAAGAAAAAAAAACAGAAGCUGUCCAGUGGCGAGGAAAAGGGUGACGAUGAGAAGCUGUCCAAGUCAGGGUCAGAGGAAAGCAUCCGAAAGAAAAGCUUCCAUCUCGGCGUGGAAGGGCACCACCGGGCUCGGGAAAAGAGGCUGUCCACCCCCAACCAGUCACCACUCAGCAUUCGUGGGUCCUUGUUUUCUGCCAGGCGCAGCAGCAGAACAAGUCUCUUCAGUUUUAAGGGGCGAGGAAGAGAUCUGGGAUCUGAAACGGAAUUUGCUGAUGAUGAGCAUAGCAUUUUUGGAGAUAACGAGAGCAGAAGGGGUUCAUUAUUCGUACCCCAUAGACCCCGGGAGCGGCGCAGCAGUAACAUCAGCCAGGCCAGUAGGUCCCCACCAGUGCUGCCGGUGAACGGGAAGAUGCACAGUGCAGUGGACUGCAAUGGCGUGGUGUCGCUUGUUGAUGGACCCUCAGCCCUCAUGCUCCCCAAUGGACAGCUUCUUCCAGAGGUGAUAAUAGAUAAGGCAACUUCCGAUGACAGCGGCACAACUAAUCAGAUGCGUAAAAAAAGGCUCUCUAGUUCUUACUUUUUGUCCGAGGACAUGCUGAAUGACCCACAUCUCAGGCAAAGGGCCAUGAGCAGAGCAAGCAUUCUAACCAACACAGUAGAAGAACUUGAAGAAUCUAGACAAAAAUGUCCACCAUGGUGGUACAGAUUUGCUCACACAUUUUUAAUCUGGAAUUGUUCUCCAUAUUGGAUAAAAUUCAAAAAGUUCAUCUAUUUUAUUGUAAUGGAUCCCUUUGUAGAUCUUGCAAUUACCAUUUGCAUAGUUUUAAACACCUUGUUUAUGGCUAUGGAGCACCAUCCAAUGACUGAUGAAUUCAAAAAUGUACUUGCAGUGGGGAACCUGGUCUUCACAGGGAUCUUCGCAGCUGAAAUGGUACUGAAGUUAAUAGCCAUGGAUCCCUAUGAAUAUUUCCAAGUAGGAUGGAAUAUUUUUGACAGCCUGAUUGUGACGUUGAGUUUGGUAGAGCUUUUCCUAGCAGAUGUGGAAGGAUUAUCAGUCCUGCGGUCCUUUAGAUUGCUGCGAGUCUUCAAGUUGGCAAAAUCCUGGCCCACACUGAAUAUGCUCAUUAAGAUCAUCGGCAACUCGGUGGGUGCUCUGGGCAACCUGACCCUGGUGCUGGCCAUCAUCGUCUUCAUUUUUGCUGUGGUCGGCAUGCAGCUGUUUGGAAAGAGCUACAAGGAGUGUGUCUGCAAGAUCAAUGAGGACUGCAAGCUGCCGCGCUGGCACAUGAACGACUUCUUCCACUCGUUCCUGAUCGUGUUCCGCGUGCUGUGUGGGGAGUGGAUAGAGACCAUGUGGGACUGCAUGGAGGUCGCGGGCCAGACCAUGUGCCUUAUUGUUUACAUGAUGGUCAUGGUGAUUGGGAACCUUGUGGUCCUGAACCUGUUUCUGGCUUUAUUACUGAGUUCCUUUAGUUCUGACAAUCUUACAGCAAUUGAAGAAGACACCGACGCAAACAACCUCCAGAUUGCAGUGGCCAGAAUUAAAAGAGGGAUCAAUUAUGUGAAGCAGACCCUGCGUGAAUUCAUUCUAAAGUCAUUUUCCAAAAAGCCAAAGGGCUCCAAGGACACAAACCGAACAGCGGAUCCCAACAACAAAAAAGAAAACUAUAUCUCAAACCGUACCCUUGCAGAGAUAAGCAGAGAUCACAAUUUCCUCAAAGAAAAGGAUAAGAUCAGUGGUUUUAGCAGCAGUCUAGACAAAAGCUUUAUGGAUGAAAACGAUUACCAGUCCUUUAUUCAUAAUCCCAGCCUCACAGUGACAGUGCCCAUUGCUCCUGGGGAGUCUGAUUUGGAGAAUAUGAACACAGAAGAGCUUAGCAGUGACUCAGAUAGUGACUACAGCAAAGAGAGACGGAACCGAUCAAGUUCUUCAGAGUGCAGCACAGUUGAUAACCCUCUGCCAGGAGAAGAGGAGGCAGAAGCUGAGCCUAUCAAUGCAGAUGAGCCCGAAGCCUGUUUUACAGAUGGCUGUGUGCGGAGAUUUCCAUGCUGCCAAGUUAACAUAGACUCCGGGAAAGGGAAAGUUUGGUGGACCAUCCGGAAGACCUGCUACAGGAUAGUGGAGCACAGCUGGUUUGAAAGCUUCAUUGUUCUCAUGAUCCUGCUCAGCAGUGGAGCUCUGGCUUUUGAGGAUAUAUAUAUUGAAAAGAAAAAGACCAUUAAGAUUAUCCUGGAGUAUGCUGACAAGAUAUUCACCUACAUCUUCAUUCUGGAAAUGCUUCUAAAAUGGGUGGCAUAUGGGUAUAAAACAUAUUUCACUAAUGCCUGGUGUUGGCUGGACUUCUUAAUUGUUGAUGUGUCUCUAGUUACUUUAGUAGCCAACACUCUUGGCUACUCAGACCUUGGCCCCAUUAAAUCUCUACGGACACUGAGGGCCCUAAGACCCCUAAGAGCUUUGUCUAGAUUUGAAGGAAUGAGGGUAGUGGUCAACGCACUCAUAGGAGCAAUCCCUUCCAUCAUGAAUGUGCUUCUUGUGUGCCUUAUAUUUUGGCUAAUAUUCAGCAUCAUGGGAGUCAAUCUGUUUGCUGGCAAGUUCUAUGAGUGUGUUAACACCACAGAUGGCUCACGAUUUCCUGUAUCUCAAGUUGCAAACCGUUCUGAGUGUUUUGCCCUGAUGAAUGUUAGUGGAAAUGUGCGAUGGAAAAACCUGAAAGUAAACUUCGAUAACGUUGGGCUUGGUUACCUGUCUCUGCUUCAAGUUGCAACAUUCAAGGGAUGGAUGGAUAUUAUGUAUGCAGCAGUUGACUCUGUUAAUGUAAAUGCACAACCAAUAUAUGAAUACAGCCUCUACAUGUACAUUUAUUUUGUCAUCUUCAUCAUCUUUGGCUCAUUCUUCACUUUGAACUUGUUCAUUGGUGUCAUCAUAGAUAAUUUCAACCAACAGAAGAAGAAGCUUGGAGGUCAAGAUAUCUUUAUGACAGAAGAACAGAAGAAAUACUAUAAUGCAAUGAAGAAGCUGGGGUCCAAGAAACCACAAAAACCAAUUCCGAGGCCAGGGAACAAAUUCCAAGGAUGCAUAUUUGACUUAGUAACAAACCAAGCUUUUGAUAUUACCAUCAUGGUUCUUAUCUGCCUCAAUAUGGUAACCAUGAUGGUAGAAAAGGAGGGGCAAACUGACUACAUGAGUUAUGUGCUAUACUGGAUCAACGUGGUCUUCAUCAUCCUGUUCACUGGGGAGUGCGUGCUGAAGCUGAUCUCUCUCAGGCAUUACUACUUCACUGUGGGAUGGAACAUUUUUGAUUUUGUGGUAGUGAUCCUCUCCAUUGUAGGAAUGUUUCUCGCUGAGAUGAUAGAGAAGUAUUUCGUGUCUCCUACCCUGUUCCGAGUCAUCCGCCUGGCCAGGAUUGGACGAAUCCUACGCCUGAUCAAAGGUGCCAAGGGGAUCCGCACGCUGCUCUUUGCUCUGAUGAUGUCCCUUCCUGCGCUGUUCAACAUUGGCCUCCUGCUUUUCCUCGUCAUGUUCAUCUACGCCAUCUUUGGGAUGUCCAACUUUGCCUAUGUUAAAAAGGAAGCUGGAAUUAAUGACAUGUUCAACUUUGAGACUUUUGGCAACAGCAUGAUCUGCCUGUUCCAAAUUACCACCUCUGCGGGCUGGGAUGGACUGCUGGCCCCCAUUCUCAACAGUGCACCUCCUGACUGUGACCCAAAAAAGGUUCACCCAGGAAGUUCAGUGGAAGGGGACUGUGGAAAUCCAUCUGUGGGAAUUUUCUACUUUGUCAGCUACAUCAUCAUAUCCUUCCUGGUUGUGGUGAACAUGUACAUUGCUGUCAUCCUGGAGAACUUCAGCGUUGCCACAGAAGAAAGUACUGAGCCCCUGAGUGAGGACGACUUUGAGAUGUUCUACGAGGUCUGGGAGAAGUUCGACCCUGACGCCACCCAGUUCAUAGAGUUCUGCAAGCUCUCUGACUUUGCAGCAGCCCUGGAUCCUCCUCUCCUCAUCGCAAAGCCAAACAAAGUCCAGCUCAUUGCCAUGGACCUGCCUAUGGUGAGUGGAGACCGCAUCCACUGCCUGGACAUCUUAUUUGCUUUUACAAAGAGGGUCCUGGGCGAGAGCGGAGAGAUGGAUUCCCUUCGUUCACAGAUGGAAGAAAGGUUUAUGUCAGCCAAUCCUUCUAAAGUGUCCUAUGAGCCCAUCACAACCACACUGAAGCGAAAACAAGAGGAUGUAUCUGCGACUAUCAUUCAGCGUGCUUACAGACGGUACCGCCUUAGGCAAAACGUCAAGAAUAUAUCAAGUAUAUAUAUAAAAGAUGGAGACAGAGAUGACGAUUUGCCCAAUAAAGAAGAUAUAGUUUUUGAUAAUGUUAACGAGAACUCAAGUCCAGAAAAGACAGAUGCAACAGCCUCUACCAUCUCUCCACCUUCCUAUGACAGUGUCACAAAGCCAGAUCAAGAGAAAUAUGAAACAGACAAAACAGAGAAGGAAGACAAAGAGAAAGACGAAAGCAGGAAAUAGAGCUUUGGUUUUGAUACACUGUUUACAGCCUGGGAAGGUGACUCACUCGUGUUAAUAAGACUCUUUUACGGAGGUCUAUGCCAAACUCUUUUUAUCAAAUAUUCUCAAAGGCAGCACAGCCACUAGCUCUGAUCCAAUGAAACAAGAGAGAAGCAUUUACACAUGGCUACUUUUUGCGUUGGUCAAUGAUUCUUUAAGAACUGUGCGUGUGACUCUACAGGGAAUAAUCAUUACUGCAAUCAAGGGUGACUUAAUCAUUUUAAAUAUCAGAAAACCACGUAGAACAUUUUCUCUUUUGCCUCCAUUUCUUUCCCUAGAUUCUAAGUAAAUGUGUACCCAUGUGAAUAUAGAAAUUCAGGCACACAUGCUCACAGUCACAAACACAAACAGGAUUAGCUGUGAUUUGGAAUUCGAUGUAAAUAUUUCACCUGUGAUUUGCAAUGAAAUUCCUUGUAAAAGAAAUGGGAAUUAGUGAUGAAGGUUUUGUCAAAACAUCUUAUCAUUAGAGAGUCAGAAUCUUUGUCCAUAAAGAAUUCAGUUUAUAUUUUGAGGUGCUGAAACUUAUCCUACAUUGCAUCAAAAUCAAUUUAUAGGUAUCUGUAAAAUGUCCUGGGACUGAAAAACAUAUAUAGGCUACUUGUUUAAGAAAUGGCUUUCAUUCAUAUAGAUUAGUAUUCACCUUGAUUUAUGGACUUCUUUGUCAUUUUGUGCUCACAUGAUUCUCCCUAAAAAUUGCUUAGCUGGAACUUCAGGCACACAUCACAGAGAACAGCUACCCAGUCUUAUGCCCCUCUCUGUUUGUACAAUAAUCACAGAGCUUGAAGCAUUAUUUGAAAUAUAAAUAUCAGGUUUCUCCACAUAGACAUAUGAAUAUUGUUAACAGAAAAAAAUUAUUUACAGCAUUUUAUUUACUAAUAUUUAUCUAAUCUAGUUUGCCCAAUGAGACAGCUCAUCACUCACGUCUAAAAGCCAGUUGCCACAUUUAUCUUCUUAUGCAACUUUGGUUUGUCAUACUUUAUGUCUAAGCAAAUUUAAUGUCUCCUUUCUAAUGAGAUGUACCCUGAAAUGCAGUUAGGUACUUGAUACUUUAGCGCUUGUUUGAGCAGAUGACUGGAGCACAGUAUGGACUGCAUCUCUUAAAUACAAUACUUAAUGUGUUUGGCAGCUUCUCAGGUUACAAAGAGCCCGGCUUUUAGUGUCUAUCUGUUCACCAGGUGUUUAGUAUGAAUGAAACGGCAUUCAAAGAGUGAGUCUCGCUGGCUUGCUUUAUUGCCGAUGCCUUCCCUAUGGAGAAUUAAUCCUCUGAAGCCCCAUUAUGUCCCC